AAGAUUGGGAUGUUUUGCAUUUCAUAUAAAGUGGAUCCGUGAUAAUGAAAGGAAUCCGGUAAACCUAGCUUACGAUAAGUCUGACGCACUCGCCAAAAGUCUCCGUGUGAUUGUUAAUAAAUACUCGGACGAUAAAAAAGUUACGAAAGCAAAGAGCCUUUUGGAUGUUAUUAAAGCAAUUUACGGGCAUAAUUCAAUGUUUCAUCUACAACAAGGAAGCGUGGCUUUUAGCUAUUCCUCUGAUGGGCUUUUAGCUCGUUGUAGUCUCUGGUUUUUAUCAGAUCAACGGAAAAAAGGCAACGAUAUAGAUAAACUUUGGCUUACCAUUGAAAACAAGAUGUGCGCUCUUCAGAUAGAUAAAGAAAGAAUGAAUUUGGAAAUUCUUCAGGCAAGAAAGAGCGUGAAAAGUGAUCUUCAACCAGGAAACGGAAGGUCUUCCUCCGAGUCUCUUCUCUCUGAUGAGAGCAACAAAGAACAUGAUGAGGACGAUAUGGAAAUUAAAUUUGAUCUAACAAGAUUUCAACCGAAUUACAACGUGAACCGGAAGUCAAAGUAUGACACAUAUUUAAAUUUUGAUUCUUUUACUACAUGUACCUUACAGUUUGCUUCUGUUUUAGUGGGAAGUUGGCCACAUCAAUGGCUUUAUCAUCGAUUAUUGUCCUCUCCUGGCCAUGUUCAAUCCUUACUUUCACCAGAAAUUUUGUCAUCUCUUAAUGAAGCAUCGUUUAACCAUUUUCUCGGCAUGGACGCAUUUAUGGAAGGUGGAAAGUCGAAACUAAGUAGACUAUGCUAUGAAGAUUGCUCCGUUAAAAUUGUCCGAUGUUUACAUUUUGUCUAUCCAAUUGCUCGUCCAUUUUUCGUCGGUGAUGAAAAAGAAUACGAUUUAGUAUUAAACCGUUCUAAUGCAGGUUCUAAAAAAAGACCGGACCUUUCAUGUGUGAUAAAUGGUGUACCGAUAUUGAAUUCGGAAUUUAAACCUUUGGGAAGUGCACCACUACAACGAAUGAAGGACAGACUGAAGGUGAAGUUAAAGGCCCGAAAAUCCAUUAAUCAACAAUUACAAAGUAAGGGUGGUCCGGGCGAGGCCGUAAUAUUCUUAAACAUGGGCGAUUUAAUGGAACCUUACUCUAUGGAUCUUAAGUACGACGGUUUAUACCGUUCCUGGCCAUUCCUCACUACCAGGCUGGUAGUUGACAAGGCUUGCAGGAGUUGCGAUCCAUCAUUUGGCAUCUUUAGAG